AUGGAGUCAAAGGACCGCAAUGAACACGACGAGCAUCUUUCGCAAACAACUGCGCGACUCUCUAUAUCCAUCAAGGAGGAAGGUGUCCUUUCGCAAGUUCGAGAAUUUCUCCAGGACCAAAAGCUUCAACGGCGAGAUUCGGCAGUGUCAAUCACAUCGUUGGAGGAGAAUGACAUCAGAGACACUUCCGAGCAGCCCCAACUGUUAAUAUCCACGAAGAGACGCCGAUCUAGCGUGCAGACAGUUCCUCCUCCUAGAAGAAAGAAGGCCAGAGAACACAAACGAAAAGCCCGGAAACAAAAUGCUUCAUUAACGAUCGAACUUCAAGGUCCUAACAAUAAAAUUGUAACUCACUCAAUCACACACUUGCGGGAGUUUUUGCUUGAGGCGUUGCAGCUCAAGAAGACAUCUCCACGGCAGCUUCUAAUGGUUACCAAGCCCAUGGAGGUAACCAAGAUAGUGGUUGCCAUUGUUCCAGGGCUACUUCUAUCUGAUUUUGAUACUAUUCCAUCAAGAGGAGCAGGAGGAUCUGUAGAGCUCGAGCUGUUGGAGCCGGAUGGAAAGCAUAACGAGACACUUCCGUUUUUUCCAGCCAAUUUUGAGUAUCUACUUCCAACAACAAUGGCUACCUCGCAGGAUUCGAUUUUUCCAUGUCCACAGGCACUUGUAAGCUUCCCCGUGUCCAAGGCCGAGCGAAAGCGCCGUGCAGAGGAGCUGCGUGCAAAGAAAAUUGUCUUGUAUGACCUUCUUGUUACCAUAGACCAGAUGAGACUGAACAACUACCCUGUUCACAGCAGCUUGGAUGAGAAUUCGCAUCUCGAAGAUGGCUGGGUUGAAACUGGGGAGUUUGACCAUGAGGGCUCGCAUACUUUCGCUCUAGAUUGUGAGUUUUGCCAGGCGAAAUCUGGCCCUGUUCUCACUCGAGCCUCCAUGGUGAAUUUCCAGAACGAAGUGAUUUACGACACUUUUGUGAAACCAGAGGAGGAGAUCACGGACUAUGUCACGCGAUACUCAGGCAUCACUGCUGAAGCACUCAAAGAUGUAACCACCACUGCUAAAGACGUGCAGAAGAAGAUCUUGGAACUUGUUUCUAGCUCAGACAUUCUUAUUGGCCAUUCUCUUGAAUCAGACCUUAACGUGAUGAAAAUAAGACACCCAAAUAUCAUCGACACUGCGCUCAUAUAUGACCAUAAUCAAGGUCCCCCACUGAAACCAGGUUUGAGAUCGCUAGCGGCUCAACAUCUCAACCGCAAGAUUCAACAAGGCGAACAGACUGGUGAAGGUCACUCAUCAGUUGAAGAUCUGAGAGCUUGUCUCGAUUUGGUCAAGAUGAAGUUACUAAAUGGCCCAGGUUUCGGAAAAGUCAUUCGAGAAACCACGCUUUUCGAGAAACUAUACGAACUGCUGCCUUCGAAAAGAUCGGUCAUCAUAGACUUUUCUCCGGAAAUUUAUGGCCAUGAUCUUGGCGAAAGGGUCAACUUGGAAAAGUUCACAGUUGUUAACGACGAUGAAGUGGUGGAAACACUAGAAAGAGAGCUCGAAAGCUCCACCCUUGCGUUCAUUAGAUUCAAAGAAAUGGAUUUCAAUUCUGGAGUGGUGCAAGUUCCAAGCAGGUUUACCGGUAAGUUGUACUCCGAGCUCGAUGAGAACAGGAAAUCCGCCAUCCUUACUGGUGAAAACAGAAAUGAUUGCUUGAAAAGUUUGAACAACCGUCUACAGAAGGUUUACGACCAACUUCCAGUGGGAUGCGUAUUUGUCGUGUGCAAUGAAGGUGGCGAUACCAUGGAGUUGACUCAACUACAGGGGGUCAGAAAACGAUUUAGACAACUUGAACGGAAGCAGGUAAAAUUGAGUGAUAUUCCUCCGGAAGAUUGCUGGGAUUUUGACAAACAGACCGCACUUAAGAGGGCUUGUGUUGAGGCUUCUAAUGGCUUCACAUUUGCUACUGUUAUCACCGAUGAUAAUAGCGAGUAG